AGCCGACAUUUUGUUUCCGUGUGUUGUCUGAGAUUUUCUUCCCAACACCAAAAAAUGGUCUAAAAACGUCUUUUUUCGUCUUCCCGUUCGCAGAACAAGCCGGAUUUCCGUCCCCAAGACUGUCGAGAAGUGCCUUAAAGACUGAAACGGGUUGUAAUUUGUGCGGCGUUUGUGUGAAAUUUCAUUGUUUGCUUUGGUUUUUUUUUUGUGUGUGAGGCGCUUGAAGUUUUUGUUGAUCCUGAGACUGGGUGAAGAUAUGACCAUGGGCGACGAUGCAGAACACUCUACAGUCGUCUCACUACCACUGCAUGUCGUACUGUAUCCAGUAUUAGACGAGGUGCAGAAAAAGGAUGCAGCCGCAGCACAGACACUCAGGGCAGCGUUUAACAAGGCUGAGCGAGAGAACCCAGGUUUGACCCAGGAAGUGAUUAUGGGAGUUCUACGGGGUCAGGGGUCAGAUGUCAACCUAGUAGAAAGCCUACUAAGGAUGUCUGCUGAUGAUUGUGAAGAGUAUUCACUGCAUCGUCCAGAGAGGGAGUUUGUUCGUCUCAACGACAGGGCGCGGACGCUGAAACAGAUUCUCAGUAAAAUCCCCGACGAAAUCAACGACAGGUCCAAGUUCCUACAAACAAUAAAGGACAUUGCCAGUGCGAUUAAGGAACUUCUGGACGCCGUGAAUGAAGUCUUUAAAAGUCAACAGAGCCUGCACAUACAGGGGCAUAAAAAGCAACUUGAGUACCAGAAGAAGGAGUUCGUGAAACACUCAAAACACUUCAGUGACACCUUGAAGGGGUACUUUAAGGACGGCAGGGAAGUCAGCGUGUUCCAGAGUGCAAACCGACUCAUCCACCAAACCAACGUCAUACUGCUCACCUUCAAAAACAUCGUAGGGAGGGCAUAGCGAAAUGAACCGGGGGCACAUGGCAAAGCACUGUGGGAUAAAAUACACCAACUUCCUGUUUGACUGGAGGUUGUUAUCAACCUGCAUGACACAACCAGGGCUAUACCACUCCAUCUAUAGGGGUGGGUACGAUGCCCCUCGUCUAUUCCCAUGCUGUUGUGAUCAUAAAUACAUGCACAUGCAUUUUUGGCUGAAGGAAGAAAUGUGCACAGUAUCCACAAGUAUUGUACAUCUGUCCCUCAAAAAUAUGCAAAAAGUAUUCAUUUCUGGAUGUUGACUGGACUUGAUCGUUCUUACCAAUUUUCAGAUCUGUACAUAACCUGAAAACCUUGUCUCACAAGAAAACUUCUUUUAGUUUGCACUGUUAUCUGCAGUUUGUGCAAACCAGAAAAAGUGGUGUGGGGUCAAUAAACUGCUCCCCCAUGCAGGUUGAUAACAAAUUGCAACUGAAGUAUUGUUUCGCCUUAACAUAUUGAGUCCACAUGGGUGUAGAGUAUAGGAAAGCCCACAGAAGUUGUAAAUUAAUAUAGGGUGGACAUGAUAUUGAUAGUAUAUUCUUAUGAUGUAUGUAUUCUAUGAAAACAAGACUAUGCUUGUAGCUUAUACAUGUACAUGUACCUCAGUUGUGAUUUUAUUGGUAGAGAGAAGGGUCUGUGAACAUGGAAUUUCUGUCCAUAAUUGUAGUUGUAGUUGUUGUUCUAACAAAGACUUACUAAUAACAAAUAUCAUAUCGUGAAUCCGGGAAAAGGGGAGAUUGGAAACUUAUGUAAUACUUUAGGGUUUUGUGGCAUAUGAAUUGAUGUGUAAAGUUUCAGAAUACCUGUAAAUGUCUACUACUCUUUGAAUUGUUGUCACCACAAUGUUUCUGUAGGUUGUUUUUUUGUAGGGAAUGCACAGGGGUGCAAUCCUUUCGUAUUGUGAUACACUGCUAUGGAAAAAUUCUUUCAUUUGAAUGCUUCUAAACUUAAGCAAAUGUCUUACUUUUCUUUUGAGAAGUAUGUAUACCCAUGGUAGAAGGAUGGAUUCAAGGAAAAUGGGUUUCUUUGGCUGAUUUGUAGAUUUUUUUGUCAUUGACUGGAUUUUUAUUUUUAAAUAACUUUCUGUGACUGAGUAUGGCUACCAUGGCCUUUUUUGAUGUAAUUAUACAGCCUUUGUAUAGACAGCUACUACCAUAGGGGGUAUGAACAUUACACCAUUGCCUAGGGAAUACUUCAUUGUGACUAGGCACUAGUCAAACAUUGAACUAUUUGUAACUGUCAUUCCUUUUUUUUUGUUUCUCCAGUUAUUUGUUUUAAAGGAAUCUUGCCACCUCUGCUGGCUUUUAAAGUCACUUUUUGACAUCCACUACUAAGACUGUCAUAAAUUAGUACGUUAAAAGUGUUCACUUGAAAAUCACAUGUUGAAAUAUUAUGUGCUCAAAGGAGUAUUAUCUCAGUUGAAAUGCUCGUCUUAGUUUCUUUCAAUAUUCUAUUCAAUUGUGUUGGCAGUAUGCACUUAUGCAAUGUAGCAAGUGUUGUGCGAAACAAAUGGGGCAAAAUAUUUAAUUUCCAAGGCUUGUCAAUGUUCUUAUUUAUCCUAAAAGCUAGGAUUUUUGCAAAGUUGUAAAAAGAGCAUAUUACAGGUAACAUCUCCCCAUACUGGUGAAGAAACAUUUGGUGUAACAUAAGCUACAUGUUACCAAUAAGUGGUGUACAUUACAUGACAGGUUGGGCUAGUGUAUGUAAGGUGUAAAAGCUGUAAUUGUGUUUUUCCUUUAGCCACUUGUACAGGGGUGCCUAAGCAGUUACUAUGAAAUUUGUACUCAUGUUUAUGUGAUACAUACGGAUCACUAUGUGACAUCAACGAAUCUUAUGUGAUGCGCAAAAUCCUUGUGCAAACUGGCUGACCGCUUCCAGGGUCACGUGACAGUAGGAGCGGGAUAUUCAAGAUGGCGGCCUCGAUCUUCUAAUUUAGGGAAAAUACAAAAUGAAGCAAAAGAGUAGCUCACAUGCUAUCAAAUAUGUCUUCUUGAUAUGCCCAUUCAAUGCUUUGAAAUAAAAAUAUCAUGGGUAGAAAUACCCAGAAACAUACCUUCUCCCAACGUAGCGGUCGCCGGUUUGCAUAAGGUUUGUGCGUAUCACAUAAGGUUUGUGGGUAUCACAUAAGGUUUGUAGGAAUUUCAUAAGGUUUAUAAUUAUGCAAAUGCUUUGGCACCCCUGUUGUAGCUGUGUCAUGGUGCUUGGGAGAUGGCAACGAGAAGCUUAGUUUUAUGUUGAAACAAUAAUCAAAAUAUUUCUUGAAGAAUUCACCUAAAUGUUCAGAAAUGUGCAGGUAAUUCAGACCCAUUUAAAACUGCCUGCACCAUAGGGAAGUCACUUCUAUCAACAUUCAAAUGUGUUCAAACAAUGUUGUUUCUUUGCGUGCAAUCAUUUGAAUGCACCAACUGUAUGCCUUGCAUAUUUGAACACGUUCAAAUGUGGACUAACAUGACAUACAUCAACCCAUUGGUAAAGUGCUGUUCUAGUGAAUCUGAAUAAUCCUACUGGAGUCAUACAGAGCUUUGCUUCGCUGUUUUUUGUCCUCGUCUGUCGGAGUUUCUUUAACAACAUUCCAAUAGAACUUGUCUGCUGGAGAAUAAACGGGUUGUGACACACACAUUACUUAAAAAUCAUUGCCAACUGUGUAAAUUUACUGAUGACAUGUUAAACCUGUAUUUUGUUUGAACACUAAUUUGAAAAUAAAGGAAAACAAGACAA